AUGAGUAAAUACCUGCAAUUAUCAGUAUUUGUGUUGCUUUUGCUUUUUUGCGCUAUCAACUAUGUUGCCAGUGUAUUAAUUGGAAUGAUUGCCCCGAUAGAAGUAAUCGAAGAAUGGACGUGCCACGACUCCGAAAUUCGCCUAACAUGCGGUCACUUGGAUUCACAAAUAGCCAUAUUAGAUGCCACAUUUACGCCAAAUUGCACGAAUAACAGCACAGAUGAUGACAACGGGAGCCGUGCCACAAAUGAAACGUGCAAAACAUUUAAUGAAUUCAGGCUAAUUCAGCAAUAUAUUUUGCACCAUCGUUACGAGAAUCGGUUGCACGGGCAAGCCGAAGCUGGUCGUCGUUUCCUUCAAGAAUUACGAAAACCGCUUAAUGGCGAUGUCGAGCUCGACGAUGAAUUCGACUUGGAGGCAUCUCUCGACUACCUUGCUAGUGGCAAAGACAAAAGAUUUUCCCUUCGCGCCUCUUUGGAAAAACUCAUUGAACAAUAUUUGCGAAAAAUUACGCCAGAUCGCAACGACAUCGAUAGCGAUGGCUUCGAUUCACGCAAACGGCGCAGCAUGCAAGACCAAAAUGUCACGAUAAUCACGGGAGACAUCAGUGUCAAUGACACAUGGGAUACCGGCUAUUCGGGAUCCGGCGAUCAAUAUAGCGACGAAGAUGAAGAAGAAGAGGAAAUUCACGACGACAAUGAGUUUGAAAGUGUGCUGGACCAGUACGAUAGUCGCAAUAACGAUGGCAAAAGUGAGGAAGAAUACGCGGAAAUAAAUACCGAACGAUAUCGCGAAACGGAAAAAGUUGAACUUGGCUCACGCAAUAUAAAUACGAGUGACGUGCAGGAAAGCGAUGAAAACGACGAAAGUAAAAGUGAGGAAAUGAAAAUGCGGAAAAACGGAAAGAAUCUGAAAAUUCCGGCGGUUUGUCUGAAAAACAGACGACGUGUUUCGCAUUUGGAUAAAAUGGAAUUGGAUCAGUCGUUACAAGAUCACUCGGAUACGGAGUAUAACAUACGAAACUUAUUGAAUUACAGAUGCUCCGGAAAAAACCAUUGUAGUUUCAUCUUUGCUUCAGAUCAUCCAUUAGCGAGGAUUUGGAAUAGUGGCGUUGUGCGGAUUAAAUAUGCCUGCAUGGACAAUUUCCGCAUCAAUCGCUUCUGUAAUGAAAAUCUCAUGAUUGGAAAUGAAGUUGUUCUGCCAAACAGUAAGUCAGCUGAAGAGGUUGUCGAGGAGGAGAGCAAUGAAAUUGACAUCGAAGGUUCGAGUGACGAAGAGGGAAAAGGGGAACCACGAGCUGAAGCACGCGUGCAAUUGGAGUCAAAUUACCAUCAAUUUACUAAUUUGAAAAUCAUAAAGGCAUCGCCAGAGGAGGAAGAGCAGCAACAACGCGAAGCGACACGUCGCAAAAAUGAACAAAAACGUCGACGACAGGGAAUUUACUCGCAGGAUUUUCGACUGGUAAAAGUUCUAUCUGGCGAUCAAUUAGACAACAAAGUUCCCGAAUCAGGCAAUGAAUUCGUCAUCAGACGCGAUAACGACGACAAUGAAAUUCUACCAAAGGAAAAAUAUUUCGACGACGACACAACUUUGGGACCAGAACCUACGCAAAUUUCGCCCGAAUCGAAAAUUCUCACGACAGAAACGCCAAAAACGACUCAAGACACAAACGACAUACUAAAGUACCUAAACGUUCCGGCAAGCAAGGCAUCUGUAACAACAACAGCAGCCACGACAACGACGAAAGACUCGUCCCUCGAUUACGAGAUAAUUAUUCGGGAAGGAAAAGAAGUAAUUACCAUUUAUCCGGAAACGAUAACAAAAUUGUUGAAUUCUUUUGCGCCCCCGGUAGCGGCACCCGAAAAUUUAACUGACAUUGUGCGAGUUGUUUCGCCAUUCGAGCAAAGUACGACAAUGAUGCCGUUGUGGGAGGAAGAAGUUCGGAAAAAAUAUCCUUUGGCGCUGGAUUCGGACGAAGAAGAGGAAGAGAAUUCCUACACAGACCCAGAAACAGAGACGAAAAACGAUAAAUUAGAAGAAAUGGACUUUAUUAAACGGAUCAAGGAUAGUUUCGAGAACCAAACUGAUGUUGAAAUAAAAGUUUCAAGUACGAGUCAACCACGAAGAUGGGAUGACUAUGUGGAAAAUAUAAUUCUACCAGUUGAUAAUGCCGAAGUCUCGGGAUUUGAUAAUGACGAUGAGGAAGACAGUUAUGACAAGGAAGGAGAUGAAAGUGAAGAGGAUGACGAUGAAUACACUUCCAGCGGCGAACGUCUUUCGUCAUACAGAAAAGUUUAUUCAAGCAUUCAACGUACUGCCUUAGGCAAGCCGUUAUUACAGGGUUUUGCCAUGACGCCCGGUUACCCAAAAUACUACAUCGGUGAUAUGGAUUGUAAAUGGAAAAUUACGGCACCGCCUAGUCAGAAAAUUCGAUUAACCAUUCUGGAUUUGGCAUUGCGAUACGAUGACAUUUGCAAGGAUUAUCUGGAAGUUGUCGAUUUGGAAUUGAAUCGUGUGCUGUUUAGUAGUUGUAAGGAGAGUAAGAAACCUAUUGAAGUUAUUAGUAUCUCGAAUCAAGUAGAGAUUAGUGUUAAGUCAGUAUCUAAGCUCGCAUAUCCUAACAGAGGAGUUCUCAUUCAUUAUACAGCGUUAGGUUGUAUUGAACCCCCGAUACCAUCACAUGUUAGUUUGGUUCAAAGAACGGAACACGUUUUAAAUUUUGUCUGUGAUUCAAAAUACGUCUUUCCCGAUACAGCUGCCGCCAGUCGUGAAUUAGUCUGCAUACGUGAGAGACACACGUGGGACAAAACAUUACCCGAUUGUAUUGAACAAGUAAUACCAGAACAAGGCCAUAACACAGUAGUGUCCAGAUAUAAUCAAGCAAGGACAGCAACAUCUCCCAAAAUGACUGAAAAAGAUGCUGAUAUGCUUUAUGAUAUCAUCAUUCCAUCAAUCAUUAUCGCAGCUUUGUUUAUCGUAAAUGCUGUGAUAUUCGCCAUCAUCAUGCGCUACCGAAGACGCAGACAAAGCCUCGACGGCAACGAUGGAAUAGCCGAAUUGUAAUUCAAGAUUUUUUCGUCACAUAAUUUUUCCUGUUUUUUAAUUAUUUGAUCUGAGCAAUUUUUAAAAAAAAUGUAAACAGUCAUUAAAAAUUCAUUGAAAAAUUAUCAAUUAAUUUUAAUUACUUGACAACACAUCCAAUUAACAGUUUUUAUCAACUCUUGAACCGAACAAAAAAAAGAGAAUAAAUUAAUUUCAUAAUUUCCACUGAGAGUUAUUGAUUGACCCGCAAGAAAAAAAAAUAAAAAUUAUUAACAAAUUAUAAGAUUUGAUAACCCGUGAAAAUUGCUAAUCAACCCACACAAAAUUACGGACACGCGAAAAAAUUAAAUAAAUGUCACUUGAUUUGUUUUCUCAAAAUAAAAAAAAAAUAUUAAUAAAUUUCACCUUUUUAGCGGCAUAUCUUUGAAAAAAUUAUAAAAAAAAGAACAAAAUUAUCAAUUAUUAGUGCUUCGUUUAAUUUUUGCAUAAAUAAAAUAGAUUUUUGACUUGUUACUAUGUAAUGAUAAAAAUUAUAAGUAAAAUUAAAGAAAAAUGAGAAAAACAGAUAAGGAUAACAUUUAAGAUAUACUAUAAAAAAGGCAGUACCAA